AUGUGUGAAAACGCUAAAGACCUGCAACUUGCUGAUUUAUCAUAUACAUCAAUAUAUAGAAGAGAUCAUUAUCCAUGCCGUCUGGCUGUAGCUGGUCAACAUGCCACCGAAGUUCUGAAAAUUCUAGAAGGUACUGAUGUCGACAAACAUGUGAUGGUGAAAUACCAGCCAGCUAAAGGAAAGAAGUAUAUCUUUGUUUUUGCUGGUUUAGGAACAAAUUGGCAUGGAAUGUGUCAGGAAAUGCUAAAAAGAUUUAAAGUAUUUCGUUCUGUCAUUGAAGACAUUUCCAAAUAUCUUGAACGAUAUGCUAACUGGAACUUAAUGGAAAAUCUUCAAAAUGGAUUUGAUUUAGAUGAUGCUAACAUCGCUCCAAUUAUGACAUUUGCAUGUGAGGUAGCGUUGUUUGUUUUAGUGGAAAGUUUUGGAAUUAAUCCCGAUGCUAUCAUUGGACAAUCUAUUGGUGAAGUAGCUGCUGCCUUUGCUUCUGGUACCGUCACUCUGGAACAAGCUGUGUAUAUUAUUUAUCACAGAACAAGAGUACAGGUUCAAGGUACUGGUGGUAAAAUGUUUGUUGCUAAAAAUAUUGAAAUAGAUAAAGUAGAAGAGAUUUUAGAGAAAUACGAAUCACAAGCUAAUGUAUCAGUUUACAGUAGUCCAAUGAGCUGUACUAUAAGUUGUGAUGAAGAUGUAGUGGACAAAUUAAAAGAAGAUAUUAAAGAGGUUAAUACAGGUUGUAUGUUUAAAGAUCUGAAUGUUACUAGUGCUUUUCAUUCUCAUCAUAUGUCUAACAGUGCAGACGAGAUGAAGAGUUGUGCUAAAAUAAUUGGAGAAGAACCAAAGAUUGAUAUAUUUUCUACUGUUAGUGGUGUCAAGGCAGAAGAAGGCGAUUUUAUUACACCACAAUAUUGGGCGGAUAAC